AUGUCGAAGAGGAAAGUAGCUUACUUCUACGAUGCCGAUGUGGGCGCGUACACCUAUGGCCUGGGACAUCCCAUGAAGCCACACCGAAUACGUGUAACUCACGACCUGGUGACUGCAUAUGGGAUGCUGGACAAGAUGCACGUAUUCAGACCGAAACGAGCAUCUCCAGAAGUUAUGAGCUCGUUCCAUACAGACGAAUACGUCCAUUUCCUACAAAGCGUUACACCAGAAACAGCGGAGAAGAUGACGUUCUCAGGGACAAGAUUUCUCGUUGGCGAAGACAACCCCGCAUUCGAAGGCGUCUUUGAAUUUUGCUCGAUAUCAGCCGGAGGAUCCAUCGGCGCCGCACAGCGAAUAGCCUCAGGAGCUGCCGACAUCGCGAUCAACUGGGCCGGCGGGCUGCACCACGCCAAAAAGCGCGAGGCCUCGGGGUUCUGCUACAUCAACGACAUCGUGCUCGGCAUCAUCGAACUCCUACGGACGUACCCAAGGGUACUCUACAUCGACAUCGACUGCCACCACGGGGACGGCGUGGAAGAGGCGUUCUACACCAACGAUAGGGUUAUGACGUGCAGCUUCCACAAGUUUGGGGAGUAUUUCCCUGGGACGGGCACUCAGGAAGAUAAAGGAAGGGGCAGGGGCAAGGGAUAUGCGGUUAAUGUGCCGUUCAAGGACGGGAUUACGGACGAGUCGUUCAGAAGUGUCUUUGAACCUGUCAUCACUCGUAUCCUCGAGGUAUUCCGGCCAUCUGCCGUUGUGCUCCAAUGCGGUGCGGACUCACUGGCAGGCGACAAGCUCGGAUGCUUCAACCUCACAAUGCAUGGACACUCCCACUGCGUGCAGUUUCUCAGGAAACAGAACAUCCCACUCAUUCUGCUUGGAGGCGGAGGCUACACGGUGAAGAACGUGGCUCGAACAUGGACCUACGAGACGGCAUGUGCACUCGGUAUAGAGAACGAGAUCGACCCACAUUUACCGUGGAAUGACUACUUUGAAUGGUUUGGGCCGAGAUAUAGGUUGGAGGUACCGGAGAAUAACAUGGAGGAUGUGAAUGUGAAAGAUGGGAGUUUGCACAUUGUCAGGGAGAAGGCUCUGGAACAACUGCAACAGCUGGCCUGUGCUCCGUCUGUGCAGAUGCAAGAUGUUCCCAGAGAAAGUGUCGGCAGACACCUUGGAUUUGGGAAGGAUGAGCUGAAGGCGAGGGAUGACCUGGACAAGAAGCUCGCUCAACACGCACGAUAUGUUUAUUCCCUUCAAGACGCUGACACGACCAGCGACGAAUCCGAAGACUCCGACUCCUGGGACUCGGACGAGUCAUCAGCGAGCGCGAACCACUGGCGGCGCGGGCCGUACCGCUCGUCAUCCGCCUCGGCCUCACGCGUCGUCAACGGGCGGUACGGCAGCCAACAACCGCACUACACCUCCGCAAAGGAGAAGAAACGGAUGAGCCUGCUGACGGGGCAGUACUUUGACAUCCCGGUGCAGGAGCAUGGGUUCGCGCACUACGAGGCUGGGGCACCCCCUGUGAAGACGGCACGGAGGCGGUUCUUCCAGGGCGGGAGCUGGGACGAGCUGGGGGUGGUCGAGUCUGCGGUACAUGUUCGGGGGAACGGGUAUGGGAAUGGCCUGUUGGAUAUUCAUGAGUUGGCCGGGAUUAUGGAGCGGGGUGGUCGGAGGGAGGGGUCUGGAGACGCGGAGGAUGGCGAGGACUGCGAAGACGACGACGACGCGAUGUCUGUGGAUUCGUAG